CCUCUGUGAUGGAUAUGAAGGGAUGGAUGUACCCUAGAUAUACACAUGGACAGUACAGAACAUCCCCCGUUAUGUAUAAAUCUCCGGAGAGGAUUCGAGAGAUGUAUUAUCCGGGAUAGAGAUGUAAAGUGUCCCCCCUUCUUCCGGUGUCAGUGGUCGGUGCCGUUGCUAUGGAGACCCCAUAACAUUCUCCUGCCUGGAAGAGUCCUCCUGUGAUCAGUCCGCUACACUGAUAGACGAUUUCCUCAGGUUUCAGAAAUGAGUAAACAAAUCAAAAAUGAUGGCGUGAUGGGCCCCCCCAUAGACCUUGCAUUCAAAUGUAUUAAUUCCAUGGAAGAUGUCCUACAGGAAGAACCCCGAGAGGGCCUGAGGCCCAUAAAACGCAGAGAAGGUGAAAAGCUGCACAGCCAGGCGCUCCGGCUGAACAAUAACACCCUGACCGACCUCCGUGGCUUCAAGGAGGUGGUGGCCAACCUGCUGAGUGAUCCUUCCCAUCUCUGCUGGGUAGACCUGUCCUUCAAUGACCUCCCCAACAUCGAUCCUGUCCUGACUGAAUACCAUCAUCUUUCUGUACUAAAUCUCCAUGGCAACAGUAUUCGUCAGUUGACAGAAGUGGAUAAACUGGCGGCCCUGCCCAACUUGAAGAGCCUGACGCUGCAUGGAAACCCCAUCGAGGCGGAAAAGGGGUACAGGUCCUACAUACUGUCUGUCCUUCCGCAGCUCAAGAGCUUUGAUUUCAGCGCUGUCACCAAACAAGACCGAGUCGACGCCGACGUCUGGAGCCGAAUGAACGGCAAACUGAAGAAAGUCCGGAGGACUAAAAAAGAGUGACGAGAUGGGAGCUCGCCCUACAAGGGUCAAAUCACCUCUGCGGGGGAGUCAGGAAACAAAGUCCUGCACCUUCCAUAGAACCCCCCAUGUCUUAAAGGGCAAGACAAAUAAAGCUUACUGAAGAGCAACCACAACUUUAAGUGGGAACACAACACACUUAAAUAUUUAGGAAUUAAGCUUACUCCUACUAUCGAGUCGCUGUUCUCAGCCAACUUUACCCCCCCUACUACAAUUUAUAUCCAAAGACCUACUAAAAUGGUCUCCCAGGCUCUUCUCCCGGUUUGGGAGAGCCUUAAUCCUAAAAAUGACAGUUCUCCCAAGAUUAUUGUACUUUAACGCCUUACCAAUCCCAAUACACAAUUCCUUUUUUACCAAAAAAUACAGAGGUAAUUUCUCUGGGCAAGGAAAAAAUAAAGGUUAAACUUCCGCCUUCUAACUCUCCCUAAAAGCAAAGGUGGUAUAAACCUUCCUGAUUUCAGGAAGUACUACUUUGCCACUUAUAUUACCAGAAUAAUUGAUUGGCAUUGCCAUGGCCAAAAUAAAGAUUGGGUGCAACUUA